AUGGCCUCCCCAGAGCCCCCAUACGUGGCAGUUGCCCAACGCAAACAAGCAGAACUGUCUGCUUCAAUACCAUCUCAAUGGAAACUACCCGACAACCUCAUUCCUCCGGGCAUGUUGACCCCUGCCGAGUCCAUCACCGAGGGACCGAAGCUAUACGGCCGAGUCAACGUGAUGGAAAUCCCACGCACAUGCGGCCUCCUCACAUCGAAAGAGCUGGAAAUUACAGAGAAAUAUGACGUUCAUGAACUUGUACUGGCAAUGACAGAAAAGAAACUCAAGGCCAAGGAAGUAGUGCAAGCUUUUUGCAGGCGAGCAGCGAUAUCGCACCAGUUAACACGUUGUCUCACCGAGCCUCUCUUCGAUCGCGCAUUAACCCGAGCGCAGCAAUUAGAUGAUCAUCUCCAACGCACAGGUAGCCCGAUCGGCCCCCUCCAUGGCCUCCCAGUCUCAGUGAAAGAUUCAUUCUUCAUUCGUGGCGUUGAUUCAAGCAUCGGGUUCUCCGCAUUAGCAUUUAAACCCGCCACUUCAAAUGCACCAUUAAUAGACCUCCUCGAAAGUCUCGGCGCAAUAGUCAUCGCCAAGACAAACGUUCCCCAAACACUCGCAACGCUAGACAGCUGCAACCAUCUUUUCGGUCGUACAUUAAAUCCGCUGAACAGACAAUGGACUGCAGGCGGGAGCACAGGCGGUGAAGGCGUUCUUGUCGCGAUGCGCGGUACAAUGGUGGGCUUCGGUACGGAUAUUGGAGGAAGUGUUCGGAUUCCGGCGAUGUGUCAGGGCAUUUAUAGCUUUAAGCCGAGUGAUGGUCGUGUGCCGUAUGGUGGACAGGAAAGUGGCCAGAUCCCUGGUAAAGGGAGGAUGGGUAUACAAGCUGUGGCGGGUCCACUUGCCCGCUCCGUUGCGGAUUUGGGAGCAGUCAUGGCGGAGAUUCUGCCGAGGGCUGAAUUGUUUGAUGAGGGGUGUAUUCCUGGAUAUUGGCCUGCGCCAUCGGUGCCAGCUGCUCUUGCGCAGCCACGUCAUUUAACGAUUGGGAUACUCAAGACUGAUGGCCUUGUCACUCCUUUACCACCCAUAACUCGGGUUCUUGAUGAAGUUUCACAGCUCUUGCGUCGGACUCCGGGCGUCCAUGUUGUUGAUAUUCCUACGCCGGCGGCUUUUAGCAAAUGUCAGGCUGCUGCUGGGCGACUUAUGGGUGUUGAUGAUGGCUCAAGUGUAAUGGAUCUCAUUGAGAGUAUGGGUGAAUCGCUGAUGCCCUGGCAUCAGGGUGGUCGCUUUGGACGUGGGAAGGCAUUGUCCGUUGUCCAGCUUGCGGCUUUACAGGCUCAACGUGCUGAUAUUGAGAGAGAAAUGCUCAAGAUGUGGACUCUUGGUAUCUCUCGGGAUAGACGAGUAGACGCUAUUAUCUGUCCAGUGGCGCCACAUCCGGUUCCAGAGCUCGAUCGAUAUAAUGCUGUAGGAUACACUUCUUCAUUUGUGUUACUGGACUAUCCAGCCGGUACAGUUCCAGUGCGUAAAUUCGCGGAAUCCGAUCUGGAUAUUGGACGUGAGAUGGACGAGCCGGUGCUUGGAAGCUGGGAUAAAGCAAACCGCAAACUAUGGGAGGAGAAAUCUACCGAUCGCCGUGUUUACUUGGAGUCUCCGUUGAGUGUCCAGGUCGUGACGCCAAAGCAGCGCGAUUAUGAGCUUUUCCACGCCAUGGAGAUUAUAGAUAGAGCUGUACAGGGGAUUGGAUCAGAAGCUAGACCUGCUUCUAAAUUGUGA